CGGAAUCGGACAUCUUUAGGUUUCAGCGCCAUAAAAAAAAAAACAUUGGGAAGAUCCGAAACUCGCAUCGGUUUUAUGGAAAAACGAUGUGCCUGUGGUACUUGUGACCAGGUAUCCUGAGAGGAUGGGUAAUAUAAUUUACUUUGAAUGGAGUGACUUCAAGCGUUGCCGAACUGAAUUGUGGGUCCGCCGCGUUAGGUCCGUUGCUCGCGGCAGAAUUUAAAAGCUUUCAAUUUUUCAAGCGCCAACGCAGGCGUCAGCCAAUCAGAUCGCUUUAUGCAAAUAUACUAGUGCAUAUGCUAGCCAAUCACGUUCGGGCAACACUAGAGAAUAGCGGUAAGUCUAAAUGGAGGAAAAGCUUAUUAUCACGGUCGCUAAUCAACCGGUGCUUUAUGAUCAAUCUUUAUAUAUGUACCUGGACGCGUACCGGAGGGACCAAGCCUGGAAGGAGGUGGCAGAGGCGGUUGGUGAAUCUGAGGAAAUAUGCAGGACCAGGUGGAAGUCCUUGAGAGACAGGUUUAGGAAGGAGAGAAAUAAGGAAAGGGAAAUGAGAAGGAGUGGGGCAGGGUCAUCUGCGACACAGCCGUGGCGUUUUAUGGCUGUGAUGGGUUUUCUCACACCAUUCCUCACCAACCGUGAGACGUCCAGCAACAUCCCCAGACGAGCUCUGCCCCCUUCACCCACCACCUCUUCUGUCCAUCAGUUCUCCAUCAGUCCAGAGCCAGAGGAGGACAGUCAGGUCAGAGAACGCAGCCAGGUCUUUUCCCAGCAAGCCCAUCCAAGCAGAGCCACAGUAGAUGAAGCGGCCAUUGAUACAGGCAGUCAGAUGGAGGCAGGCAGGGAGACAGAACUGGGCAGGCAGAUGGAGCAGGAGGAACCCGUGGAGGUUGCUGACAGGGGUAGGAAGAGAAAGAGACAGCACGUGUCAGUGUUUGAGAAAGGACUGUUGGCAGCAAUUGAGCCACUGACACCGCUCACCACACUGUCACGUCCACCACCACCUCCAGCACCAGAGGAUGAAGACGAGAUGUUCUUUCGAAGCCUCUUGCCCUCAGUUCAUCGCCUUUCUGUGUCAAGGAGAGCAAGGUUGCGUUUUGAAAUUCAUAAGCUGAUUUUUCAGGCUGAACAGGAGGCUGCUGAGGGUCUCCCGUGAUUUUUUAAAUUUUUUAAUCUUUUUGCUCUACCUUUAACUUUUUACACUCACGUCAGUACAUUGUCAGUUUUCUCUUUUUUUUUUCUACACACAAUAAUCUACAUUUACCUUUUUACAUUCACAUCACUACAUUUGUCACUUUUCUAUUUUUUUACACCCACUAUUGCACACAUCAGUACAUAAA